UAUGGAGCUAUCCAUAGAGCAUCUCAAAUUAGACAAACUUUCGCUGGCAAAGAACGAUUGAUCCCACCAUUAAAAUGGCUUCUGCAUCUAAACGAUCAAAAUUGGGAGAGGAUCCAGCCGUCUCUAAUUUCAGAGAAUACCUGCGCUUCAAGACAGUCGAGCCGAAUCCUGAUUAUACUGGUGCUAAUGCUUUCCUGAAGCGCAUGGGAGAUGAGCUUGGCCUACCAGUACGGUUUAUAGAGGUUCAUCCCGGCAAGAUAGUGGUUGUUAUUACAUGGGAAGGUACACAUCCUCAUCUUAAAAGCAUAAUUCUAAACUCCCACAUAGACGUUGUUCCAGUCUUCCCAGAACAUUGGGAUUGUGAUCCAUUUGAGGCAAAGAAAAUGGCGAAUGGAGACAUUUAUGCUAGGGGAUCUCAGGACAUGAAAUGUGUUGGAAUUCAGUACAUCGAAGCUAUUCGUAGACUCAUAAGAGAUGGGAAGCGGAUGAUGCGAACCAUACAUAUGACCUUUGUGCCAGAUGAAGAAAUUGGUGGAAACCUAGGAAUGGGAAAAUUCACACAGACUGCAGAGUUCAGGGACCUCAAUGUUGGAUUUGGUCUUGACGAAGGACUUGCCAACCCAACAGAAAAAUUCAGUUUCUAUCAUGGAGAACGGGCAGUUUGGUGGGUUGAAGUAACUUGUGUUGGACAGCCUGGCCAUGGAUCUCAGUUCAUACAGGAUACUGCUGCUGCAAAAUUACAAAAAGUUUUGACCGCAUUCUUGAAUUAUCGAGAUCAAGAAGAAGCUAGAGCAAAGAAGAGCGGUAAAUUAGGGGAUGUCAACACCCCUAACUUGACCUAUGUAUCGGGAGGUGUUGCUAAAAAUGUUGUUCCUAGUAACCUGACACUUCUCUUUGAUCUACGUGUCUCACCAGACACAACUCCAGAGGAUAUGGUGAAGAAACUAGAUGAACUUGUAGCAAUGGGUGGGUCUGGUGUGUCUUAUAAACUACUGAGGAAAGAUAUCAGUUAUACAACCCCUUUGGGUGAUGAUAACACCUGGUGGAAAACAUUCGAGAAAGCGUGUGAGAAAGAGAAGAUGGAUCUGCAUAUUGAGAUAUUUCCAGCUGGGACAGAUAGCAAGUACCUCCGAGCCUUGGGUAUACCUUGCUUUGGUUUCUCACCAAUGAAUAACACUCCAAUCUUACUCCAUGAUCACAACGAAUACCUCAACGAAGACAUCUUUCUUCGUGGAAUCUCAAUUUAUGAGACCAUCAUCACAGAUAUUGCCAAUGUGCCUGAUGCGUGAUAUCGAGGGUAUAAGUCAACAAUGUCUUGCUCUAGAGCUUGAAGGGUGAUAAGUUUUAUUUUUAAGCUCUGUCCAGAUACAUAUAGAUAUAUUUGAUGAUUAUUAAGGGACGAAUCAGGCCACUUACCACCAUAAAAUAAAAGGUUGCGCUUGUAAGAAAUUUCUUGUGCAAAUGCUAAAAUCACAAAUUUUAAUUUCCUGAAAUGAAAAACCUCAGGCUUAGAAUGGAAGGUCUUCCACCCAUCCUAUUGUUUUAAAAGUAAGUAGAUGAUAUGGUUAAUAUGUAAUCUUAACAGAAAAUGUGAGGAAGAGUAUGAAGAUAAUGCAAUACAUGCAUUUUUAAUAUCUUGGUUAAUAUUCAUUGUUUAAAAUAGUAUAUAUCUAUUUAAUCUUCAUUCAAUACAGUUACUACCUUCAUUGUGUGGAUAUCCUAUCACUGCACCAUGACUUUUAUUUCACAACUUUGCAAAUCCUAAAAUUGUGUUGAUUAUCUUAAUAUUAUUGAAUGUAUGUGUGUACUACAUGUAAUCCUGUGUUUAAACUAUGAGUUAAUGUGUAUGAACUGAAGGUUUUCAAGUAAGCAUUGAUUCUGAGAACCAAAGUUUGCUUGUGGGAAGAGGACACUUUAAUUCAACUGUAGCCAUAUCACAAAAGGAUCUAAUGUCAGCUAAGAUUAUGGUUAAAAUUCAAGAUUGUGAUAGGGGUUGUGGGCAUUAGUCCACUAUGUAAGGACCAGUUUUCUGAGUGAUGUUAUACGAUCAUUAUGAAAGAAUGGACAAUGCUAAUCAUUUUAUCACUAAGCUGUUCCUAUCUAAC